AGCAACAAGCUACGAGGCUGUCAUCUAACUUGUGGUUGGUGAAUAGGCGUAGACAAAGUGAAUGGCAAUUUGUAUUGUUCGACGUCUUCCCAAGUCAGUAGCAACUUUGUGGUUUCCAACUCCGAGAAAGUCAUUUAACAGUUUUCCUUAACGGUUUUGAAUUUGAAAAGUGUGUCGGUAGUUAUACCAGCACAUGAAGAGGAUUUAGAAAACAAAUACAUUGGUUAACAUUGCUUUGAACGAAGCUAGCUAACUUUUGAACAUCCACAGAACAGCGUUGGUGUGUGACAGGAGACUCCGCUCUCCACCUGGGCUGGAGAUGGGGGAUCCCGAGCCUCCUGAGUUUGGGUCCCUGGAGGAAGAGCUGGAGUAUUGGAAGGAACAGGCUGCCAGGCACCAACAGAGUGCAGAGGAAGCCCAGGAGGAACUGCUGGAGUUUCAGCAGAUGAGUCGGGACUAUGAGGUGGAGCUGGAGCUGGAGCUCAAACAGUGUGAGGCACGAAACCGUGAGCUUCUUUUAGCCAACAACCACCUCCGCAUGGAGCUGGAAAACUACAAGGAGAAGUAUGAGACGCAGCACUCUGAGGCCUACCGGCAGAUCUCCAGCCUGGAGGGAGACCUGGCUGAGACCACCGCCGUCAGAGACCAGCUUCACAAAUACAUCAGAGAGCUGGAGCAGGCCAACGAUGACCUGGAGAGGACCAAGAGGGCGACCAUCAUGUCUCUGGAGGACUUUGAGCAGAGGAUGAACCACGUCAUAGAGAGGAACGCCUUCCUGGAGAGCGAGCUGGACGAGAAGGAGAGUCUCUUGGAGUCCGUCCAGAGGCUGAAGGACGAGGCCAGAGACCUGAGACAGGAGCUUGCGGUGCAGCAGAAACAGCAGGUACAGGACAGGAAGCCCACCCUCAGCAGUGCAAUCAAAGACCCUUCCUCCUCCGCCUCGGCUGGUCUGCCCACCCCGCCCCUCACCCCACCAGACAAACGAACCGAAGACAGAACCACGUAUUCGUCCUCUAACCAGCCCGUCCCCUCUGCCACCCCUCCAGCCAGACCUGCAGCCUCAGCAGACUCCUUCACCACCCCGCAGCCCUCUGUUUCUGCAGGUGAAAGCCUCUCGGGGACUCCUCUCACCACGUCGGCGAGAAUCUCGGCUCUAAACAUCGUCGGAGAGCUGCUGAGAAAAGUCGGGAACCUGGAGUCCAAGCUGGCGUCGUGUCGGGAAUACGUCAACGGGCAGACAGCGAGCCGCAGAGGCCACGCCGGGGGCCAGGGGCCGACGUCGGGCCACAACAGCUCCCCAGAGACCCAUCCUGCCAACGGCCUCUACAGCAAGGGGCUGGUGAAGAGGUUGGAGUUCGGAGCGGGAGCCAAGCUGCUGCUGUGAAAGG